GUAAUGAGAAAAAUCAUUUUAUAGCACAAUGAUGACUUAUCGAAAAAUGAUAAUUGCAAGGUUUAGAUCGAAGAUAACGAAAAUGAUAAAAUGGAAGUGUGAUAAGGGAUAGUGGACUAUUCUUCAAUGUUCUUUGUGGCACAUUACUUGGCUUAAACGUCAUGUUUAAUAUUGUAUUUUGUAUUGUUUUGCUAACAAAUUAUGUGAUGAAAUAUUUAAUCAGAAAAAAUACUUCUAAUAAAAUAUUUCGUUCCUUCUCAAAUGUUGAAAACAUAUCAAAAGUCGACAGCAUCGAUACUGAGGUAAGAAUUGAUGCAGAUUUACAAUUUGUACAUAAAAAUGAUAAUAAAAGUCCGAAUUUUAUUUCAACUUCAAGAUCAAAUGACGUAGUCGAUGCUAUUGAAUUUAGAACCAUCAAUAAUUACUAUGAAUCUCCGAAAAUAUCCCGCACUACUCCUAUAGUUGGCGCACAUGAUCUUUUAUAUAAUAUGAAUUAUGAUAAUCGUGGAAAAUGUGUGAUUUUUAAUCAUGCUAUCUUCGAAAUAAAUUUAGAUGAACGAAAAGGUACAAAUAUUGAUGCAAUGAGAAUAAAAGAUGUCUUUACGCAGCUUGGUUUUGAAGUUUUGAAAUAUGACGAUUUAACCUACAUGGAAGUAAAAGAUAUGAUAUCUACACUAAGUAAUGAAGAUCAUUCUAAAAAUGAUUGCAUUUGUAUUUUUGUAUUGACCCAUGGUACCUCAAAUGAUUUAUUAUAUUCGAAAGAUGUUGCGUACAGUACUUCAUAUAUUUGGAAACCUUUUAGCGCUGACUUAUGUACGUCACUUGCGGGUAAACCAAAGCUGUUCUUUUUUCAGGCAUGUAGAGGUAAUAAUACGCAAGAGCCAUUUGAAUUACGUUGUAAUGCAGAUAUUAGCGUUACAGAUUCGUCUACAUCCUAUAAAAUUCCUACACAUGCAGAUUUUUUAAUCGGACACAGUACGAUAGAAGGUUCUUAUUCCUUUAGAAACGAAAAAUAUGGUUCAUGUUACAUCCAAUCUCUUUGUGAUACUUUAGAACAAUAUGCGAACACUAAAGAUCUCCUCAGUAUAUUAACUAUAACUGCACGAAAAGUGGCUAUUGAAUUCAUUUCGCACAAUAAUGAAAAUUUGGCAAAUCACAAUAAAAAACAAAUUCCUUCGAUGACAUCAAUGCUCAUUCGAGAUCUUUAUUUGAAACCAAAAAAAAAAUAAACGACAAAUUAGAAUCUAACGAAA